UGUUAUGAAACAGCUGUUUGAUUCGAUUCUGCCUUGAAUGCCUUCCUUGCUGGCAUUUGCUGAUCUGCACUCUUCCAGAUCGAAAAUACGUCUCUCAACGCUGCCGAAAAUACCCUCUCACCAGUUUAGAAUUUCCCUCGCUAUCCUCCUCAUCCCGUAAAGAUUGCUUUGGUUGCAACCUGCAUUUCAUUUUCUUGUGCGUUUCAGUUUUCUCGCAGGAAAACAGGCUGCGCUGGUUUGCGCACGGCGCUGCUGUGUUGCUUGCCUUGCUUAUCUAAUCAGCCUCCCGUGUUGACUUUUUACCGCAGCCCUUACGUUAACGUGGAGUAAUGGCUGCGCGGUGAAUCUGUGAUAGUUGAUGUUGAUCAACGUGCCUGUGGAGAAUCAGUGCGAAUCAGCCAUCGUCUGUGCAUGGAAAUACUGCAGAUCGUCGACCAAUGCAGAGCGCGGACAUAAUGGAGGAAAAUCGCGAUGACUGCCAGGAAGUGACGUUCCUGUCGGCGCUGCAGCACAAAUAUUCCGAUGAGGAUUACCGGGUGCUGUUUGCUGGACUGCUCUGUCAGGAGCGCGAGCGCGAGCGCCAGCGCCAGCAGCAGCAACAGGAACAGGAAAAUCAGCCGUAUUCAUCAGGCGCCGGACGUGGUUUCGCGUGUCCCCCGUACGUCGUCCUGCAGAAUUUCGGGAUUAAUCGUCUGGGCGGCGUGGAGGAAUUAUCGCGGUGUUGUGUGCACUUGCGGGAAAUUGAUCUCUCCUUCAAUCGGCUGGGCAAAUGGAGCGAGAUUCGCCCGCUGCUGCACCACACGCACCACCUGGAGUCGCUGAAUUUGAGCUUCAACCCGCUGGACGGACUGCAGGUGACCGACGUGCGGGGGGCGGGCGGGGAGGGGUGCCCCCUGUGCCCCCUGCAGGCCGCCAACUGCCGACACGAUCCGCGUCCCACGCCGCCCGCCCUGCGCCGGCUGAUCCUCAACGGCAGCCGCAUCGAGGCGCGCGUGGCGCUGGCGCUGCUGGACUCGCUGCCGCACGUGGAGGAGUUGCACCUGAGUCUGAACGAGUACGCGUCCUUCGUGGACGCGGACAGUGAGCGUGCUCCGCAUUCCCGCCAGCAUGCUCUGAAGGAGCUGCACAUCGACAGCAACCAGCUGGCCUCCUGGCGCGAGUUACUCCGCAUCGGGCGCACCUUCCCCGGCCUGCAGACGCUCUUCGCCAGCCACAAUCCCCUCAAUGACCUCCAGGAUAUGGAGACGGAGGCGUUGCGGGACAGCCUCCCCUCGGUGAGCAAACUGCACCUCAACCACACGGAACUGUCCUCCUGGCCGGCGCUGGACCAGCUGCAGCACCUCCCCUCCUUGACGGACCUCCGUUUGUUGAACACGCCCCUCUGGACGGACUCCCCGCUGACCGGAAGUAGCGCCCUCUUCCCCCCCUCCAAGUCCGCGCCUUUUUCCCCCACCUUAACCACCCGCCAGCACGUCCUGGCCCGUCUCCCCGCCUUAUCCUCCCUCAACGGGACCCCCGUCGACGCGAUGGAGCGGAUGGACGCCGAGCGCGCCUUUCUGCGCCACUUCCACGGCGCCGACGUCCCGCCGCCCUGUCCGCGCUUCACCGAGCUUCUCGGGCGCUACGGGCCGCUGGCGCCCCUCCUGGACGUGCAGCUAGGGGCGCCGGAGUAUGUGGAAGUCGGGCUGAGCUACGGGAGUGUCCAGCGACGACCCUUCAAGGUGAACGUGAAGCAGACGGUGGGGCAGUUGCGGCAGGAGCUGCAGAAGGUGGCGGGGAUGCGGUGCCGCGUGUUCUACCUGGACGCGGUGCUGGCCGGCGUCGUCGGGAUGGAGGAGAUGCGCGGGGAGCGCCGGGCCGUGCACUCCUUCAACGUCCGCGACGGCGACGAGAUUAUUCUGCAGCCCAAAUGAAUCCGCGACGUCAACUGCCGUGGAUAAUCGCGGGAUUUUGGCCUUUUGCGCUGUGUGCGGAAUUAACCGGUUGAUGGGUGGGAAUUUUUGCGUUAAUUUCAACCAGUGCCCGGUUUGUAUUGUACAGAUUGCAGUCAUUUCUUCUGAGCAGUAUGUGGAGCUAUUAUAAUCCGCUAGAAAUAGAGCGCUUACUGUUUUGGCUCGGGAUUGAUUGAUUUUGAUUCUAAUUGACCAGUGUCUUGUUAGAUAAACGAGAAUUUCUUUAGUUAAACUCAACUUUAUUGCAUUUUUGCCUGUUGCGCUACGGCAGUACUGUAUGUCAAAA